GUGCAUAUUCUCAUUUUUGUACAGUGUACAUGAUAACACUGCUUGCAGUCAUGUCUGCUAAGCUCCUAGUGCUUUUCCUCUUACUGUUGGUUUUCCAAGCCUGUUCAAGGAAGAUCGAUGAUGAUGAAUAUGAAGAUUUAACAAUAAACCAAAAAUGGGUACUGGCUCCAAAAACACAAGACACGGAUGCUACUCUUAUACUCAACAAGUUGCUGAAAGAAUAUGACAAGAAGCUGAGACCUGACAUUGGAGUUAAGCCCACUGUUAUUGAUGUGGACAUUUAUGUUAACAGCAUUGGACCAGUGUCUUCAAUAAAUAUGGAAUACCAAAUAGACAUAUUUUUUGCCCAAACAUGGUUUGACAAUCGUCUCAGGUUUAAUAGCACCAUGAAGAUUUUAACCCUAAACAGCAAUAUGGUUGGAUUAAUUUGGAUUCCAGAUACUAUUUUUCGUAAUUCUAAAACUGCGGAAGCUCAUUGGAUUACAACUCCCAAUCAACUCCUUCGAAUAUGGAAUGAUGGCAAAAUUUUGUAUACAUUAAGGCUUACCAUCAAUGCUGAAUGUCAACUUCAGCUGCACAACUUUCCUAUGGAUGAGCAUUCCUGCCCACUCAUAUUCUCCAGCUAUGGUUACCCACAGGAGGAAAUGAUAUACAGAUGGAGAAAAAACUCAGUGGAAGCUACAAAUCAGAAAUCUUGGAGACUUUACCAGUUUGACUUUAUGGGCCUCAGGAACACAACAGAUAUUGUCAAAACAUCGUCAGGUGAUUACGUUGUCAUGACGGUAUACUUUGAUUUAAGUAGAAGAAUGGGAUACUUCACUAUUCAAACAUACAUCCCUUGCAUAUUAACAGUUGUGCUAUCCUGGGUAUCAUUCUGGAUAAAAAAAGAUGCCACGCCAGCAAGAACAGCGUUAGGUAUCACUACAGUACUGACAAUGACAACCCUGAGCACCAUAGCAAGAAAGUCUUUACCACGAGUUUCCUAUGUCACUGCCAUGGACCUAUUUGUGACUGUUUGUUUCUUGUUCGUAUUUGCGGCAUUGAUGGAGUAUGCAGCACUUAAUUACUAUUCAAGUUGCAAAAAGCCGAGAUGUAAAAAGAAGAAAAAAUCGAAAAACAAUUAUUCAUUCCUGGAUAUGAGACCUCCUCCGACUGUCAUCACUUUGAACAAUACCAUGUACUGGCAGGAAUUUGAGGAGGCGUGCGUUUAUGAGUGUCUAGAUGGUAAAGACUGUCAAAGCUUCUUUUGUUGCUAUGAUGAAUGUAAAUCUGGCUCAUGGAGAAGAGGUCGGGUACAUAUAGACCUUCUAGAAUUGGACUCGUACUCCAGAGUGUUUUUUCCAACAUCAUUCUUGUUAUUUAACCUUGUAUACUGGGUUGGAUAUCUUUACCUAUAAAGACUCUGCAUUGUGAAGACUGCCUUUAUCUGAAUCAGUCUGACAAACAAAGCUGAAGGAUACAAAAGACUUUUUUUUCUCCUCACAGGAAUAAUGUUUGUGGUCGACUGAGCAAGAAAAAAGGACUCUAUUUAAAGAGUUUAAUUGUGAAAUGUUACUACUGAUGCCUAACUAAUUUUUACCACAAGACAAUGCUUAUAAAUUCUUAUAUAGUAAAAAUCUAUAUUUGGCAUAGAAAAAUGACACUGAAAAAAUAUCACUGAGUUAUAUUGUACUUAUAAAAAAUUAAAGAAAGGUACCGUUGCACCCUUUUAUUAAAAAAAAUUAAAAAUGUAUAUAUAAAAUGAAGUACAUUUUUUAUUAAAAAAUAACCUAUCUGAUCGUUUCAAAAUAAAAGCCAUGUUUAUCUUUUUAUAAGUGGUAUAGACGUUACAUAAAAAGCUGUAACUUUUU